UCGAUCUAAACAAAGAGAGAAAUCCAAAGGGCUACAAGAAUUCACACAACGCGCCAAGAAGUAGACUAAUAUACAGUCGAUCGGUUGUUUUGGUCGAAAAAUGACCCAACGUAUGCAACAAGUAUAAUCUUAAACGUGUUUCAGGAUAAUGAGCUCAGAGGAAGAAAAGCUACAUGAAUUUUUAUUGGAGAUACAACUUGACCAAUUUUAUGAUUCGAUCGUGCGGAAGCUGCACGUUACAAGGGUUUCCCAUUUCGAACAUGUGGAGGACACAGACUUGAUUGAGAUCGGCAUGUCAAAGCCUGAACAGAGGAGAUUGUUUGGACAUUUGAAGAAAUCAAAAAGACAGUCUUUUAAAUCGUUCUUUAAGAAGUCUAUCAAAAAAGAUUCUGAAAAAGGGAGACAGUCAGCUUCACCUCCUAAAGAUCUGAACAUAGAAUGCCAACAACCAUUAGAUGGUAACAAUCCACUUUUGGUUGCUCGCAACAACAUACAGCAAGGCCUUAAAUGUUUGAUACAACAGAAAGACCUUGUCUUAGGAGAUUUCCUUGGGAAAGGAGCAUUUGGUUAUGUGAAAAAAGGUGUUUGGACAUCAGACAAAGGUUUAAAGGUAAAUGUUGCAGUAAAAUGUCUUAAGCCAAAUCAUGAUGAAGCCACUGUUCUGCUACAAGGUGAAUUCAUCAAGGAAGCAAAUGCCAUGAGUAAACUUGACCACCCUAACCUCAUAAGGCUGUAUGGAAUUGUCCUCACUACACCAAUGAUGCUGGUUACAGAACUUGCACCAGUUGGAUCUCUUCUUGCCCGGUUGAGAAAAGAGCCUGAGAAAUUCAUGAUCUCAAUCCUGUGCAGUUUCGUUGUGCAAAUCGUUUCUGGGAUGAAGUAUCUCGAAGAGAACCGAUUCAUUCAUCGCGAUUUAGCCGCAAGGAAUAUUCUGUUGGUUUCCUACGAAAAGAUAAAGAUCGGUGACUUUGGCCUGAUGCGUGCUCUGCCUUCUGAUGCAGACUACUAUGUCAUGCACCCCAAAGGACUUGUCCCCUUUGCUUGGUGUGCAACAGAAUGCCUCAAAUACCGGAGGUUUUCUCAUGCUAGUGAUGUCUGGGCCUUCGGGGUUACCUUGAUAGAGCUUUUUUCAUAUGGACAAGAGCCAUGGCCAGGACUCAAUGGAGCAGAGAUCCUUGAGAGAAUCGAUGCACCGAAUUUCCUUCGGCCUGAAAGACCAGAUCAUUGUCCUAUCGAAAUAUAUAGAAUCACGAAAAGUCAUUGUUGGUGUGACAAUGCAGAAGAACGGGCAAGCUUUGAGGCAUUGGAAAAGAUGUUCCUACAGGUUCUACCAAAGGAAACUCGCGCAACCUUUGAUCACCAUACUGAUGUUCCUAGCCAGAUCUCAUUUCAAAACGGUGAUUUACUGACGAUUAUCGAGUCAAGCCAUGGUGGUUCAUUUGUUAAAGCCCAGAACCGUAAAAAUGGCAGAGUUGGUUACAUUCCCGUCGAUCUAUUUUCUAGUUCAUCCACAGGCAACAAAAUGGCAGAUAUUCUUCCAAAUACACGUCAUCGAAGUCUCUCUAAAAGCAAAUCUGGAAAAGAGACACUUUCAGUAAGAGGCCGACUACUAGAACCAGAUUCUUUCUCGGUUGCAAGUCGUGGCAGCUCAAGCAGCUCAGGAAGUAACUCUAGUUCCGAAGUGACACCAGCGAAACACCUACACAAUGUGAUUCAUAGUAAACCAAAGGAUAUCCCGUUUAAACGCCAAAGCACGUUUUCGUCCGGUGUCGGAUCAAGUGGACCCUCAUGUGCCAGUAGCUAUAAGGAUGAGUCGGCGGUACGUGGUGUUAGUGAAUCCGACUACGGUUCGCAAGAGGAUUCUUCCUCGCUCUUUUCAAGGCGGUCGGAAACUCGUAACAGCGUUGACGAUAAAUCUAUCGGUUCAUAUGCAAAUACGACUGUGAUGAGAGGGGAAUCUAUUCCGUAUGAAAACGUCGUCUUGGAAAGCGGCUCCCCUCCAGUCAUUCAUUCCCGCCCUAUUUCGAUUCCGAACCGCGAAAUUGAUAGGCCAAGUACGUCUGGGGUUUCUCGUAUGUCUUCACAUCCUGUCAAUGAGUUUCCAACAAUGACUUGUGCAGCUCAGAUGUUGUCUUUGCCAUGCCAUACUUACGAAGCAGACGCUUCUUCUAACGAUUCAGCCCUUUCCGCUGAAACUGCUCUUAGUGGCGUACUUUCAAGCUCCGCUCCUACCACAAGAAACGAGAUGAAAGUAAUCCGGUCAACUCUACGAAAACAAAAAAGCGAAGUUGAAGACGAAUUUUCGCGCAAAUCAUCAUUUGGGUCGUACAAGCAACGAAAAUCGGUGACGCGAGGAGAGGGUAUAUCGAGUCAAUUUGCAGAUAACCUUAUUUAUGAGUAUAUGAAGCCGGAUGAUACUGCGGAGGAACAAUACGAAACUAUGGGGGAGAGUUCUGCCGCCUUUGAUUCUGGUAACAUUGAACAUGAUGCGUAUGAGAAUUUUGAGGUGCGCCAUAUAAAAUCAACGUCUAUCAAUAAUCAGUCUCGUGAAUUAUGCUACGAAAACCUGCCUCUUCGACAACAGACUGCAGAAAUCGACAUUAGGCCAAUUUUACCUAAAAAAACCUAUCGGUCGCUGGACAGUAGCGCCCCCGUUCCACCAAGGACUUAUCGCCGCACGGUGGAGAGUGUGGUAACUCGGAGAUUAAGUAAUAUAAGAAAGGAAUCCUACGAAAAUACACCAAUUACGAUUCCGGAAAGAACUUAUCGUAAAGACAGCGGGGCUGUGCCAACAGUUGUCCUACCUCCAAGAACGUACAAGCAAGGGUCUGUCGAGCAGUAUGAAAAUACUGAUUUUUCUCAAACCUGCCGGUCAUCGGCCUCUUCUUCCUAUGAAAAUCCCGAUUUCAGCCGCAGCAGUAUAACUGCGACAUCCGAUUCUUCGUAUGAAAACUACGAUUUAAACGCACUUUUUAGGACUUCGCCAGAUACAAGUUACGAAAAUUACGACAUUCGCGCGUCUCUUGAUACUCCGCCGCCUUUGCCGAAGAAGAAGUCGAGUCGAACGGAAAGCGAGUGCUCUUCGUCGGUUGAUGACGGGGACAUGCGAGCUUCAAGUCGAAUUGGCGUCGAAGAAGCGAUUGUUGAGUUAGCUAAUACCGAAUUUGAUAAAGAUAGCAACGAGUGUAGUGCUUCACGAACAGUGCAAGUCCAGACUGAAGUCUGUGAUUCGCAGAAUUGUAACUUAAUCGAUGAUUCACCUAUUCAUAAAAAGUUGCAAAACAAAUAUGUCACUAUUUGGGAUGGACAGGAACAUACCAAGGAGGAUGACGACAAUAGUGAGCCCAUUAAAUCUUCCAAUAACGAGGUAGCUACUGCUGAACUUGUUCCGGUCAGUGAAAGACAUGGCUCGGGCCAGAACCAGGACUGCCAAGAAGCAGAAAAGAAUCGGAGUUUGUUGAAUGCCCUUCUUAGUCCGCAAAGACAAAGAAGCCCAAAGUUUGGCCGAGCGCAGAGCGAAGACACUCCCGUUCCGCCACCACGAAAGAACCGGGAGAAGUCGGCACGAAGGCAUACAACAGGUGCACUGUCGGUGGCAAAGGAGCAGAAGACUGCAGAAAAGCUGCAGGAUGAAGAUUCUGAAUCAGAGCUGUACGAUUCUACUUUGAGCAACGAUACAAACACUGCUGAAUCAACAGUUGGUUCGCCUUGCUCAAUAGAAGAAAAUCCUGAAGCUCCUCCUCUGCCACCAAGGAUUCCGUCUGAAAUGCAGCUUCAGCGUGAGGACUCGGAUUAUGUUAACAUCGAUGUAGAAGAUGUGAUCGGGAUUGAGACUGAUGAGACUGAACCUGAUAGAUCUACUGAAGACCAGCAGAAACCUGACGAAAGUGGAGUUGUUUAUGAAUGUGCUUCAACAAUAAGCAAUGAUCUGACGUCUGACUUAGGUGCUUCGACUUCUGACAAAAAUGAUUUGAUUGAAAAGGAAAAAGUUGGUCCGACCAAACCAAGCACUGGAAAAACAAAGCUACAGAGGAUCAAAAGUCUUCUUUCUGGAAAGGUCUCGACGCAAGAUGAUAGCAAAACUCGGUCAGGUGCCUUAUCUUCAAGUCAGUGUGGAAGCGAGGCGUCUACAAUUAACACCAAUAGUGAAGAUGAUGACGAUGAAGAAAAGAUGAGAUAUGUUCUGCAUUUUGUAACUCCAGUUUGAACCAGUGGACCUCCAAAAGGUGACUUGGGAAACCAUCUUGCUGAGGUCCGUCCUGCAGAGCAAGUUUAUCUAAAAGAUAUAAAUACAGUUAGGCAGUAAAAAUGAUGUUCAAAUCUUUUUUGUCAAGUGUGAAACACUAGAUAGAAUUUUGAAUUAUGGAUUAUGGCCCUAAUAAGCCAUAAAUUAAGAUAUUACAAUCUAUUAUUACGAAGUGUGUGUGGACCAUAAAAAUAAAUAAAUUUGGAUGGAAAACAUAUUGUUACUUGUCAUUUUAUUUUAUAUUACAUUUCCAUUAGUAAAAUAUCGAUGACUUUGAUGUAUUAUUCAUCUUCACAAAAUUUAGUAUUGCUAUGUUUACAGGUAAUUCUUAUUGUUUUAGAGUUUUAUCCACUCUGCAGAUUUCAAAUUUUUAACUUUUAAAACUCUGUUUUAAACUUCCUGUUUUAAGUUCAUUCAAACUUCAAAUAUUGAAACAAUAUAAGAUGAAAAUAGGAAUGUUUCAUUUUUUCAUUCAAUUUGUUAAUAACUUCAUUUGAUUCGCCCUAGAUUUAAAGUUCAAUUUUUUCAAAAUACAAAUCUUGGUUUGAAGUUUAUGUUCCCCGUCUGUAAUUCAAUCUUCAAUUAUUGAAACAAUAUAAGAUGAAAAUAGGAAUAUUUCCUUUUUUGCAUUUAAUUUGUUAAUAACUUCAUUUGAUUCGCCCUAGAUUUGCAGUUAUAUUUUUUCAAAAUACAAGUCUUGGUUUGAAGUUAAUGUUCCCCGUCUGCGAUCUUCUACUUCUUGUUUAGUUGCUUUGGAUAACGUUGUAAAUAAAGCAUAGUUUUUCUUUCGUUACCUUUAAAAUGCCGUCUUGAAAUGCAAUGCGAAUAUUCAAAUGUUUUAUAGCAUCUGAUAAGUGUAUAGGAAAUAUUUUUUAUUUUAAAGGAGAUUAUUGAACUUGUAAUUGAUUGUGCACCAAUAUUGUUUAGAAGUUAAUUGUAUGUGCAUAUCAUAUUUGAAACGUAUUUAGAGUAAAUAAUGUUAUUAUUUUUGUAGGUAUUUGAAUGCUAUGCAAUUAUUUUAUUUUCUUAUGAUUUUGCACUUUUGUUAGACGCACACACAUUCGACUAAACCACGUGCAUUGUCCUCAAUUUGCCACAUGGUAUGCCUUACCAUUCUAUAUAGAACACAUCACCUGAGCAGACAAUUCCAAACGACAUAUUUUCAGAUGUGAUCGUUGCCCUUGGACAAAAGCCCUAUGCAUUUCAUCCAACAACAGCAAAAAGUGUUUCCAAAAAUGAUUGAAGAGAUUUUACAAUUAAUUUUAAACAUAAUUUAUUAUUUAAUUUUUUAUUGCCUAUUAAUUUGUCUGAGCACUGUAUAGCAAUAGUUGUAUCAAAGGUAGAGUUUGCAGUUUUGAAUGAUAUGAAUAAUUCUGUAUGAUCGUAAGCUUAUAAUUUUCAAUUUCGUUAAUCACUGGAAUAAUCACAGAGUUUGUUGUUGGCAUUAUCUUAAAAUACAAUGUCGGUUAUGUGAACAAUCGUUGUGUUUUCGAUGAUAUUAGGAACAAAAUUACAGUCUGUUAUCUUUCAUGUACUCUUCAUACACUGUUGUGCAGGACCCUUUUCAACGUACUUUCAACGUUCUAGCUUGAGGGAAGGGGAGGGGGGCAAUUGCUCUUUAGUCUCUGCGGCCAUCUGUUGUUUAAAAUAAUGUAUUAUUGUCCUCCCAUCUAUAGAAACUUU